UGUCGUUCUUCUAACACAUUAUUAUUAUCUAUAAAAGUUUCUUCUGCUGCGAUGGCCUAUGCAGCUGUUGGCAGGGGAUUAUUAUUGGUUCGGCCUUCUUCGUUGUCAUUCCUGGUCACUGGCAAAUCAUCUUCCUCUUUAGGUUUGAACAAUCAUCAUCCAUUGUGUUUUAAUCGUGGUCGGCGGCACUGGAAGCAGCACUACUCCUCUAGGGUUGUGGUUCAUGCCCAGCAGCAGCCAAGGCCCACAUGGCUCCCUGGCCUUGACCCACCUCCAUAUCUUGAUGGAAGUCUUGCAGGAGAUUUUGGGUUUGACCCACUUGGACUGGGGGAGGAUCCUGCAAGCUUGAAGUGGUAUGUGCAGGCUGAAUUGGUCCAUGCUCGUUUUGCUAUGGCUGGAGUUGCUGGUAUCCUUUUCACAGAUUUGAUUCGUGUAUCCGGAAUAAGCAAUUUGCCGGUAUGGUAUGAGGCUGGUGCCACAAAGUUCGAUUUUGCCAGCACAACAGCUCUCUUCAUUGUCCAGCUAAUCUUGAUGGGAUUUGUUGAAACUAAGAGGUACAUGGAUUUCACCAGUCCUGGAUCUCAAGGCAAAGAUACUUCUUUCUUCUUUGGUUUGGAAGCUGCACUGGAAGGUCUAGAACCAGGUUACCCAGGGGGUCCUUUGCUGAAUCCUCUUGGCAUCGCCAAAGACAUCAAGAAUGCUCAUGGCUGGAAACUCAAGGAGAUUAAAAAUGGACGGUUGGCAAUGGUGGCCAUGCUGGGCAUUUUCGUGCAAGCCUCUCUAACCCAUGUUGGCCCAAUAGACAAUCUUGUUUAUCAUCUUUCCGAUCCUUGGCAUAGAACCAUCAUACAAACUCUGGCUGCUGCCCAAACUUCUUGAAUGAAUAAUUAGUUUCUCUCCCACAGCUCAGAUAACAUUUUGUUGUAAUCAUUCAUUCAUUGAACAAAAAAGUUCCAAUGUUAUAAACAUGAAAGAUGGAGCUAGGUGUUGUUUGAAGCAAGAAACCAACAAAGAUAUGUUCUGUACCAGACA